AUGAGCGCGGGGGACGCCGUGUGCACGGGCUGGCUCGUCAAGUCGCCCCCCGAGAGGAAGCUGCAGCGCUACGCCUGGCGCAAGCGCUGGUUCGUCCUCCGGCGGGGCCGCAUGAGCGGCAGCCCGGACGUCCUGGAGUACUACAGGACCAAGCACUCGAGCAAGCCCAUCCGCGUGAUCGACCUCAGCGAGUGCGCAGUGUGCCGGCACGUGGGCCCUGGCUUCGUCCGGAAGGAAUUUCAGAAUAAUUUCGUGUUCAUUGUCAAGACCACUUCGCGCACGUUCUAUCUGGUCGCUAAGACCGAAGUGGAAAUGCUGGCAUGGGUGUACAGCAUCAGUCAGGUCUGCAACUUCGGCCAGCUGGACGACGGUGCGGCAGAUUCCAUGGAGAGCUUCCCGCACACGGCCUCCUCCCUGCAGCCAGCCCCCGCCACCAGCUCCCUGCCCGCCGCCUGCGCUGCCGGCUCCUCCCUGCCAAGAGAUGCUCCGAGCGCUAACGCCAUCACCCCUGAGGAAAGCGGGAGUGAGUCCGAGUUCCUCUCCCUUCCCGAUUAUCUGAUUCUGUCCAACUGUGAGACCGGAAGACCACGUCACACCAGUUUACCCACCAGAUGUGAUAGCUGGUCAAACUCAGACCGCUCGUUGGAACAGACUUCACUUGAUGACGUUUUUGUUGACUGCCUGCAGCCCGUGCCGCCCAGUAACGUGGUCCACCCCUCACACCACGGGAAUGGGUCUCAGAAGGUACCUUCCACGAAGCCUCAGGCUGCCCUGAUACGGAGUAGAGAUAUCAAUGGGCCAGCCAAGGACCACUUUUCUUCACCAUUGCUGGAAACUUCCUUAAAUUCCACGAUUCAGUUAGAUAAAAACCAAGGUUCCUUGCCCUAUGCGGUAAAAGAACCAGACAUCGUGUCCAACAUGCCACCUCCCCGUCCCCCUAAGCCAAGCCAUCUCUCUGAACGGCGCCAAGAAGAACAGGUCCUGUGGAGCGAGCAUGGCGGCAUCAAGAAACCAGAGUGCAGUAUGGCAGCGAGAAGAAUCUCUCUGUCUGGUUUAGAUAACAUGAGAGCCUGGAAAGCUGACCCAGAGGGCCAAUCCCUAAGACACCGAGACAAGCGGCUUAGUUUAAAUUUGCCAUGCGGGUUCUCCCCGGCGCACCCCACGGCUUCAGCCCAUGCCGAAGAUGGCUACGUGCUCAUGGGCCCUCAGGCGGCCACAGCUGCUGUGAGAACCCACUGCGGCCGUGAUGACUACAUCCCCAUGAGCCCCGGGAGUGUAUCGAGCCCACUGCCUGAGCUCCCUGCGGACGCGGAGCCUCCCCCAGUGAACAGAGAUCUCAAGCCUCAGAGGAAACCACGGCCACCCCCUCUGGACCUGAGCCACCUGUCCACCAUCAGGGAACACGCGUCUCUAACCAGGACCCACACCGUGCCUGGCAAUCGAACCAGAUUUCUCUCUCCAGAAAGAAAUGGUAUUAAUUCUGCAAGAUUUUUUGCCAAUUCUGUUUCCAGAGAAGAGGAAGAAAGCUACAUCCACAUGAAUCGCAGGACGGCUGGCUCCCUUAGCAGUGGCACUCUGACGUGGACAAAGAACUUCAGCCUGGACUAUCUAGCGCUGGACUUCAAUUCUGCAUCGCCGGCCCCUGUACAGCAGAAACUUCUUUCAGAAGAGCAAAGAGUGGACUAUGUGCAAGUAGACGAACAGAAGACGCAAGCCCUCCGGAGCACCAGGCAGGAGUGGACGGAUGAGAGGCAAUCGAAAGCGUGAGACGUGUGCUUGCCCGCGUGUGGGGCCACGAAGCUCUGGGCGCCUUUUGCCGGACUUGCACAACGGCUCAUCAGGUCGGGAAUCAGAAAGAGUGUGCGAUUCCUGCGGGCUUGGCAAGAACCUUUGGGAGAGAGGACUUAUUAGUUCACGCCGAGCGGGGAGAAGGAAGAAGUGGCCUCUGACCCCACCCCUACCCCCACCUGUCGCGGCCGUGUCCCUCUCCCGCCACACCUGCCCGGAGCCUCUGGGAUGCUUGGCGUCGGCUCCCCAGACAUAAGAGGCGGAGACGGAGGAUUCGGCGGCCAUGGACCGUCAUGGAGAAAAGUCCAUUCAUUCAGGCACCGUAGGAAGAAUCAAAACAAGACUUGGGGUAGUAUUUUCCCCAGAGCUUGGUUAAGAAUCUCUCCCACGGAGCAUUUGGAGUGCAGGUUCGAGCUGGUAUCGCUACGAAAUAGGAUCAUAUGCCUCUAAUGCUUGCAAAUUCUGACCUUUCUUCUGUGCUUCCAUCGGAUCAUAAAUUGUCCUGGCGGAGGGGCUCCCGGAGACGCGGUGGAGGAGCUCAGACCCAGAGAUGGUGGCCGAGUUCACAUUCCUUGCUCCAAAGACCCCAGCAGACAAGUCAUUUCUAGCCCCAGAGAAAGACAAGGCAAGUGAGAGGAGCAGUGAGUCCUGGGCUCUGUGGCGAGUGUGUCAGGGGACACCGGUGGCUCUAAGGGUGUUGUGGUUGGACAGCUCCCUGCGGCUGAAUCCCUUGCUUCUGGCCUUUUCACAUGCAUGGUGUCAUGCCAUCUUAGAAACCUCCGCAGGGAGGCUGGGCAGAGACCGUUGCUCCCACCUGGAAGAAAAUGCGAGCCAGAGGAGGGACAAGGUGCCCCAGGCCCCUCACCGAGCCGAGGCCUGGGGGGAGGCCCCCACAGGCCCCUUCCACCAUCUUCCACUGCCUCCGAGGAAUCUGAUGAGACCCAGCAGUUUGGUCCACUUUGUGGACAUGAGUGACCCAUGCACGCACAAGAGGACUUGUCACCCCCCCUCCCUGUCAUAGAGUAUGGGUGCCAAGCUGGGUGUUCUUUGUGGUGGUCAAAUGGGAGGGCCCCAAGCGAUCCCUCCUGACCGUCACUGUGAAAGCCAUCCUGAGAUCGUGUGGUCCCUCGCACGGCGUUUUCCGAGAGCUGGCUGGUGGCGGCAGAAUUGUUUGCCACCUCGGGGAAAGCACAAAUUGUCCCUGUCUGUCCUAUGCUGGACGCCAGCUUUUGAGUGAAACAACGACUUUCUCCCUUCUGCUUUACGAUAGCUAAGUCCUGAGAGCAAAGAGUGCCACUGUGUCGCGGGGGCAUUGUGUCACCCCCUCCUUCAGGGGCCGCUGGGGUUGAGGGGAGCCAGAUGAAGGUCUCAGUCAGGCGUGGAGUUGUAGUUAAUGGCCCUUCCCGAUUCUUCUGAGCACCUGCACCCGGAAGACAGACGUGAACACCCGGGAAUGGAGCAGCUAUACGCCCGUCAUUCUGACUGGCACAGCGUCUCACGAAAGGAUUAAAGGGGCAGGCGGGCCGAUGGCACUCAGGGAAGUUGUAGGCUUUGCUGUGGGGUUUUCGGGUCCAAACUGCCCCAAAGGUAAGUAAAUGUCAGUCUGGGCUUUUCAGACCGUAAAAAUAAUUUUGAUGUUCAAAGCAGCAGGAUCUGGUGACCUCGUUUUCUUCCUGGAGUAAGGUGGCGGGAUGGUUGAAUGCUUUCAAGGACAUAGAGUCGUCAGUGAGCCCGGAUGGAGAAAUGUGAGGGCCCUGCACCCUGCAGCCGGCCCCCUGCCCCAACACACAGGCCAGAGCUGUCAGGAGCGGUCUUCUUCCCUCUGUAACUUGCGAAGAGUCACAGAGCCUCAAGCAAGGAUCCGGGGUGGCAGACUGUCGGUUCCCACAGAUGGAAACUUCCUUGAGGAGGGGGCACCUGUCUUUAGAUGCCGACGAAGGCCGGUGCCGCACAACUGCAUGCGCCAGUGUCAAGAACCACACCAGACGUGCGAUGGAUCAACAAUACAGUGGAAAGCAUGUCCAUACCGAAAUGUCAUCCAGUGGGCCACACUCACACAAAACCUCUUUCAAUAAAGUAUUUCCAGGGAAGUGUUGACUGCAGGAAGCAACACACAUGAGUGGUGUGACUCGUUUGGAAGCAGUUAGUGAGGCGUUAACAAAACACAUGACUUCACUCUCCUUUCCAGGGUAUGUGUGAUUAUGUCCCGCUUUGAUCAGACCGCUAAUGGAUAUUUGCCCCGAAGCCAAUGACCCAGGGAUGCAAAGUACAGGUAAAUCGGAGAAGCAUAUGCUCCCGAGAAGGCGCCACAAGAAAGAUGCUGGCGGCCAGACCCCGUUCUCCUGCGGAGAUGAGCCAUGUGUAAUGGGGCUGUGAUUCUGACCAGGCUCUGAGGUUUGGGGGUCUCUUUUAAAAAUUUUUUUAAUGUUUAUUUAUUUUUGAGAGAGACAGACA